UACUCGUGGCUCGUCGUUCGUGAUUCGUCAGUUACCACGCGACCGCGGCAUAGAGUGUACGUCCGCGUCGUUAUGCUAUAAAAAUACCAAAAAUGUAUAUAAUAUUAAUAAGUUUGUUGACUUACGUGAAUGGUUUUGCGCUACCUUUCGAAGGAUUGCAAAGACUUGACAUUAUACAUUACAAUGAUUUCCAUGCUCGGUUUGAAGAAACUUCGGUAGAAACAACAACAUGUAAGACAAACGACAGCCUAUGUCUCGGAGGAUUCCCUAGACUGUAUCACCACAUCAACACCUUGCUGAAAGAGAAGCCGAACGCUAUAGUCCUGAACGCCGGAGACAGCUUCCAAGGGACCUACUGGUACACGCAUCUCAAAUGGAAUGUCACACAGGAGUUCAUGAACUUGCUUCCUCAUGAUGCUCAUGCCAUAGGAAAUCACGAGUUCGACGAUGGCCCCGAGGGUCUAGCUCCGUAUUUAGCAGCUCUCAAGGCUCCGGUGGUUGCAGCCAACAUGGACUCCUCCAACUAUCCUCCCAUGGAGGGACUCUACAAGCCUCACAUAAUCGUUGAGAGGAAUGGAAGAAAGAUUGGAAUUAUUGGAUUGAUUACUACGGAUACUUCGAUAUUAUCAAAUCCUGGUAACGUGACGUUUUCUGACCCGUUCGAAGCUACCAGGAGAGAAGCUGAAGCAUUGACUGAAAAAGGUGUGGAUAUAGUACUUUUACUGUCGCAUUGUGGACUGGAAGUGGACAAGCAACUCGCUAGUCGCUAUGGCCAUUAUAUUGACAUCAUAAUUGGUGGACACAGCCAUUCCUUGCUAUGGAAUGGACCGGCGCCGAGUGGAGAGACCGUGAUGGGACCUUAUCCUAUUUUCAUACAGUCAGCAGAAGAUAAUAAACAUCAGGUUCUGAUAGUGCAAGCAUCAGCAUUUACUAAAUACAUGGGGAAUUUGUCAGUAUACUUCGAUUACAAAGGUGACUACGUCAAAUGGGAAGGUGGACCUAUAUUCCUGAACCGAUCUAUUCCUGAAGAUGAAGAAAUUAAAGCGAGAUUGGAACCUUAUGCGAAAAUAGUACAUGAGGCCGCGAAUGUCCCAAUCGGUUCUACGAAUACUGCACUGCGAUUUGAAGAUUGUGUGUAUGGAGAAUGCACUCUUGGAAAUUUACUAGUUGAUGGAUUUGCUCAAUACGCAAGAAAACAAAAGAAUUCGGACGAAGAAUUUAUAUCGUUAAUCCAGAGAGGUAACAUAAAAUCCACAAUUCCAGCAGGAGAAAUAACACGAGGUGAUAUUUUCGAGUUGCUUCCAUUUAAUGACCGCCUUUUCGCGUUUGAGCUGCCUGGUAAAGCCAUAGUGGAAGCUCUGGAACGAGGAGUGUCCAAACCCUGGUCAUACUCCAAGUUUAAAGGCCCAUGGUUGUUGCAGGUUUCUGGUCUUCGAGUAACCUUCAACGUAUCUCUACCGGAAGGUCAACGAGCAACUUUAAUAACCGUAGGCAAAGAUGAAACUCCUAUUGAGUUGGAGAAGUAUUAUAAGGUGACGGCACCCGCAUAUUUGGCUGACGGCGGCGACGGGUUUACGAUGAUAAGAGACAACAGGAGGAACGUGGAAGUCAUAGGCCGUGACGAGAAAGUUCUAGAAGAUUAUGUGAAGACGCAUUCUCCGCUUAAAGUAGAGCUCGACGGGCGUAUCGUCAUAAAUAAUUAAACUAGUAUAAUAGCUAAUUUAAAUUUAUUUUAAUAAUAAAAUUGUUAUUUUUUA